UGAUUGAGAAGACCAAUGUCCAGCAGCGUUCCGCCGCAAAUUCUGAUGUUCGGACUUGUCGCGCUCUGCUGCUUUACUCCAACCUGCUAUUCGCAUUGUCCGGAUGAAAUAUGAGCAUCUUGUGUAGAUUGGUACUGAUUAAGGGUUUCCUGUAAUUUUGCAUCCAGCCCUAUAGGUCCACAAAUGGCUGCCCGGGAGUCAGAGCAAGAGGACGUGACAAAUAUCAACUGGGAGGGCAUUAUUGGCCUGCUUCGCAAUACUGCAAAUGAGCCCAACCAGCAUUCGCCAGUUGGGCAGCUCGAUGCCAGCGGCGAUGUGGAGUUUGGCCAGCCCAGAGCAGAACACAACGUGGCGGCAGAAGUCGAUCUCGGGCGUCUUGAGGGAUCCGUGGGCGCGUUGAGUCCGCGGCCCUCGCGGGAGCCGUCGGCACAACCUGCAAGGCUUCGAAGCGCAGCUAGCGGCAGCGGCGCCGUGGGCGAAUUUAGCGCCCGCUCCAUCGCUUCCUCGCUCCUGCUCGGCAACCUCAGUCGGAGGACGCAGGCCGCUGCCGCAGCGCAGGCUGCUGCGGCCGCAGUGCUAAGCGGGCGCAGCGGCGGUGGCGGGACCGGCGCGGGAGACGAUGAGGAUGCGUCCUCCGUGCCCGCCGCGGCGGAGCGACAUCGUCUUACAUCCGGCGAUGGGUCGGUGGACAUCUCUGAGGUCGCUGCCUGGCUUGCCGAGCUGGUGCCCUACCUCAUGCUGCUGACCUGGAUGUUCCUGGUCCGAAGGUGGCUGCCGCUUCUGCUCAUCGUGUUCAUGGGCGGCAUGCUGCAGCGCGCCAACACCGCCCUCCGCCGCGUCCUCGCGCUGAGGCGGGAGUUCGGCCCGGCAGCCUGCGUGCGGCUGGCGGCGGUGGUGGUGGCGGCGCCGGCGCUGGUGCUCCUGUCAGGCGUAGGGCCGUGGGGCACCGGGGCAGCGGCCGGCGACGCGGCAGGAGCAGCAGGGGGUGGAGGCGAGGGGCGACCGGAGGGGCCGCAGCCGCCGGACGCGGUGUGGCGGGCACUCGCACUGCGGACCGUGCCACUGAGCAGCGUUGUCGACGUGCUGUUGCUGGUCGUGCUGGCGGACUCGGUGGCGCGGCUGUGCGGCGCAGCCAUGAAGGUGCUUGUGGUGGCUGUGUUCCGGGCGCGGCUGGUGCAGCAGCAGGCGGUGGUGCUCGGCGGCGGUGGCAGCGGAGGCAGUGGCAGCCUGGCGUCCGUGCUGGGCAGUGGCGGCGGCGGCGAUGCGACACGCGGCAUCAGCAGCGCCAUAGCCAGCUGGCUACCAGGCCUAACUAGCAGAAGCAGUGGCGCGGUGGUGGUUGGCGGCGGCGCGGCGGGGUUGGCGGCAGACGGCGCCGACACCGCCACUGCCAGCAGUGGCGGGCUUGGGUUGCCGGGCAGUGGCGGCGUCGGUGGCAGCAUCGGGCAUCUUCAUGUGGGGGGUGGCGGUGGCGGCGGCGGUGCCUUCAUGGCGGCUUCUAAGCAGCAGCGGCAGCAGUCGCGUGUGUUGACGGCGGUGGAGUGCGCGGUGGCCGUGUAUCGCCUGCUGCUGCCCACACCGGUGUGGUACACCUACCUGCUGACUGCGGGCGCGUCCUCGCCGGUGCUGGCCUCCUUGCUCUGCGGCUUCUACCUCACACUCAAGGCCGCCUCGUUGGGUCCGCGGCUGCAGCUGCUGGCGCUGGCGCUGCGUACGGCCAGCCGGCAGGGGGCGCUGUACGGCAGCUACGUGGGGCGGGGCGGGGCGGACUCGUGCGAGACCGGCACGCUGGGGGCGUGUCCUGUGUGCCAGGACCCAGUGAACGUGCCAGUGCGGCUGGACUGCAGCCACGUGUUCUGUGAGGAGUGCAUCCUGGAGUGGCUGGAGCGGGACAGGACCUGCCCGAUGUGCAGGGCGCAGGUGCGCCCGGCCGGCCUGCCCACCUGCUCCGACGGGGCCACGCCGCUGCUGCCCCAGCUGUUUUAAUGAGGGCUGUGCGGGUGGAGGGCGGGUGUGCCAACCAGCGGGUUUGGCAGUAAGUGGCGGCAGUCGCAGUGGUCUGCUCCUUAUUGUGAAAGGGUACGACACGACGCACCAACGCAGCAAAGUGGGGCGAUCGCGUCGGUUACAGACUUGUAAUACAACUUGAGC